UGACAUACACCUGUUAAUUUUAAGAGAACUUUAGCAGGCCUAAUGCAUGUAUAUAAAUAUACAUGUGUUAGUACACCGCUCUGUAAAUUAAACUAUAACUCCUUACAAUUUUAUCGUUCAACUCGCCGGCUGAAUGGAGAUGCAAACUUCUCGCAGUCUUUAAAUAAAACAUUACCAUAUUACAAUGCACCAUACAGAGCGGUUAUUAGAAAACCCCCAUGGAAAGCAGUUGUCCUUACAGGCCGUUUUGACUUGUACAAAAAUUGCAUCCGUUUUAGGAGUAUUGAUAGUGCUUUGUCAAAUUCCAGUGUCGGCGCUAACAUUCUAUGGGCAGUUCCACGAAGGAAGCGAUGUCUGCCGAUCAGCUGUGCAAAAUACAUCGGAUAUUGAGCCGGCAGCAAUAAUAUUGUGGUCGAAUUCCUUUGUAUUGGAUUCCUGGUUUCCAGGAGUAUUACUGGGUGCCGUUAUCGUCAUCUCAUCAAAAUGGUCUGCCCGAAAUGUGAUCCAAGCCACCGAGGAAAUUACCACCGCACAAAAUCAACGAAUGUACGGCGAAUACAUCAGCUGGACAGGUUUGGCCAAACCACCGGUACGGACCUUAUCCAUCAUGCUGAUGUCGUCACUCUCAGCGUUUGCGCAGCUCAUCGUUAGCGCCCUCGGUUUCGGGAUGAUUCAGGAAGAAACAGGAUUUAAUGGUGGAUGUUGGAUUCGUGUAUUUCUUUUAAUUUUGCACAUUAUUAUGUUGGUAUUAAGCGUACCGGCAUACAUUCUGACACUGUACUGUACGACAUCGGUUUGCGUUAUCAGCAAUAACUGCUCGUCUUGUGGUUAUCCGUACCCAGUAUACUUAAACUUUUCUCGUCAGUCGCGUGCAUUCAUUCUGCCCGGUCCCAGAAAGAAAACCAAUGAAAUCUAACUAUUC